UUUGACAACAAUGACAGCCGAUGUGUUGGCAUUUGCACAUCCUUGAUAUGUUUAUUGUUUACAUUUUGAACAUAAUUAUUUGUGCAAAUUAGAUUAACUUGUGUAUUUUUAAGAAAAGUUUGAGUACAUUCGCUAUGUAUAAUAAAUUGUAGGAAGGGAUAAACUAUCAGUAAGAAUGUCUCAACCUAACCUAUUGGAGAUAGUUCCUGAUCAGCUCUUUCAAGCCCAUUCCAUCAGUGAUAUAGAUCAGGUACAGAAGAAACUGCAAUAUGAAAUCGAAAGGAAGAGAGAGGAACUGCGGGCUAUGGUCGGUGAGAGAUACCGAGACCUGAUCCAUGCCGCUGACACCAUUGAGGAGAUGAAGGAGACUACUGGUGGUACUCUGAACCACAUCAGUGAAAUGAUGGCGGCCUGCAAGAAUUUACGUAACACACAUUUGGUUGGCUUCAAGAUUGAUGAGAAACCUGCAAAACCUACAAGUUUUCAGUUCAACACAAACCCAGUGCACAGUUUAUCUGUCCAAGUAAAGCUGUUGAUGGAAAUACCGGAGAAGAUAUGGACCAGCAUUGAGUCUGAGGACUAUGUGAAAGCUACACAGCUGUUUAUUUUGGCUAGGCAUAUAAAUACUGGCUUACAGCUGCAGAUCGGAGGCAAGAAUGUAAAGCCCGGUAUGCAAUCGCUUCAGAGACUGGUGCAGCAACAGUGGAACUCCAUAGCUAACUUUAACCAGACCAUUAUAGAUGUGUGCCGGCAGAAGCUGCAGGAUGUUGAGAUUAGUGUUGAGGUGGCGUGUUCCUGCCUGGUCAGCUUGUACCUACUGGACUCCCAGUCUAUGGUGGAACUGCUGAACACAUUGAUAGACCUCCACAGCAAUAGCAGCCUGAAGUCCACACUACAGUUUGACUUAGCACAAAUACUCGAUGGCGACAUCAAAACUCAGAUUAAAGACAAAAUUGUAAAUGGAGUUAAAAUAGUUUUGAAGACUGUGGUGCUGGUGUAUUCUUGUUUUGUUGAUAAUGAUGGUGGCGCUGUUCUGGCGAAAUUGCAGGACUUGUUUAGAAGAGAUUCACAGCCUUUAAUUGAAUUAGUGAAGUUCAGUGACCCUUCGUCUUUGAAACUAUUGCCUCCAGCUAUUUCUAAUUACAGGCUCUCAUCAAAUAAAGAAGUACAACCGCUAGCCAAGGAGGAGAUAACGAAAGGAGUUCAAAAUUGGAAUGUGUGGGUGAAGUCGUUCAUAGAUACCAAUGUGCAGGUUUUACUGCAGAACAUUACUAGAGUCAAAGUGCUGCAUGAGAUUAGAGAGGAGGCUUUUAAGAUAGAAACCCCAGAAAAUUGGUCCACAAUAUGUACUUCUUUAGACAUACCCGAAGUCCAUGUUUGGUGUCACUAUUACCAGCCAUUAUUGACCUCUCGAGUCAAGGCAAUCAUAGAUGGACGAUGGGUCAAAGUAUAUGAUGCUUUCAAAACACAAUUGCUCAUAGACUUGACAAAGGUAUCUUCAGAAAGCGAGGUGGAAAAGGAGGCUGAUAUCAACUGGUUUGUGUGGAAGGACCUUAUUGGGGAAACAGUGAUUGAGUCCAGAGCUGAUGUCAUCAAAGUAAUGAACUCGCUCAUGAAAGGAAUGGCUCGCCAAGACCGCGGCUACACGCCGACCCUAGAAAAGCUCUGCCAAAGCUUGGACGACGAGCUUCAGAAACUUCUGGAAGACUUGCGAGUAUAUCUGUACAAAGAUAAGAAAACUACAGCUAAUAAAGAUAAGCUCCUGUUUGCGUAUGACGACGACGACGAUAUCGAUCAAAUCUACAGUGAUAAACAUCUCAUCGAGAUGUAUUUGAGGGAUGUGUCCGAUAGCAAUAUACAGAGUAUGCUACAAUACAUAAAGGCAUGCUUCGAAGAACCAACACUGCAAUCUACCGAACUGCAAAAGAAAACAACUGCAAUAUACACCGCUCGCUUCACACAAGCGAUAUCCAACCUUAUGCCACAUUUACGCAAGUGCUAUAUUCCUGAAGAACGCGACUGUUUGGGAGUUAUAAACGUAGAUGACAAUGCUUUAAAGAGGUGGAAUGAUCUGUGCGUAGUAUUAAAUGAUCAUUGUCAGUUCUGUUGGGGUAAAUGGGUGGAUUUGGUAAUGGAGAAAGUCGAGGAAUUGACCAAAGGUUUGCCGCAAGCGUUUACUCUAGAAGCUAAUAUCGACUACUUGAUGAUGCAAUGGGAUGUAAUAAAAAUCACAGAAAAGGAUGAAGAAGGUAAUCCAAUAGAGUCUACAAUCAAAGUGCCAGCAGGGCCGUCGCUAAAACUGCAAGAAUACUUGUACGCCAUCAGCAGAAUACUCGACGAAGUCGCCCCACACACCUUACCCAUAGAAACACACACGUUAUUCAUCGAGAGAGUUAUAGCUAUCACUUUCGCACAUUACGACAAAGUCAUAAGAGAGAACGAGGCGGAUAUAAAUCAGAGGUGUGCGCUUCAACUGUUGAUGGAUGUUAGACAUGUGACCCUGUUGUUAGUUCCGAGAGAGAACAAGAUAUUCACGGAGCAGUCGACUAAGAUCUGCGAGUUUGUGCGACAGAAGAUAGAUCCCUUUGAUUAUGAUGUCUUCUACAAGUAUAUACAGACUAGUUUGAAGAGGUCUGUGCAAAGAGUUCAGACUCUCCUAGGCAGCCUAAUCCUUCACCAUGGUCAGCUAACAGCCUUCAUAGGCACUAAGCCAGUUCUAUCAGGUGGUACCGGGGACAAGGCGGCCGCACUCCUGGCCUCUGGAGAGUCGCACUGGUUCUCUCUGUUACCAGUGGCGGCGCCGCCCAGCCAUUUGAAGAAGCAGGAUAAACCGGUGAAAAAGAAGCCAGUAUCAUCAAGCCCCAACAAGUCACGGUCUGACAUAUCAGAACUGAUGUCGAGCUCCUUGCCUAUAAACUUCGCGAACGCACGCUCAGGCGCCGCGUCAUUCUUCAAUUCUAUAUCAUCUGAUUGGUUCAGUGGCUCUUAGAGAAAUGUAAUUAGUUCAUUAUAUUAUUAUUUAUUAAUUUGAAUUUAUUUGUAACGUUCAAAUAUGAGUCUACUAAAUUAAACGAGAAAGUUUUAGAACAUUAAAUGCGGUACUUAUAUUUAUACCGUAAACUGUCAUAUUUGACCGUUGAUUAAUUUAAUAACAAUGUAUGUAGUAUGUAUUAUUACCAGAAUAUAAAAUGGUUAUUCCAAUAUAAUAUAUUUCACAUA